AUGUUGGGAGACCGACCCCCAUCUCCCGCCAAUGUGACAGUGACACAACUCAAAGCCAACUCUGCCACCGUAUCCUGGGACAUCCCUGAGGGUGACAUCAUUAUUGGAUAUGCAAUAUCACAACAGAGGCAGGAUGGGCAGAUUCAUCGCUUCAUCCGAGAAGUUAACACCACCAACCGUGCCUGUGUGCUCUGGGACCUCGAGGAAGAUACCGACUACAUCAUUCAGGUCCAGUCCAUUGGCCUCUAUAGUGAGAGCCAAGCCAGCAAGCGCAUCCACUUCCGGACCUUGAAAGAAACAGACAGGUUGCCCUCCAACAGCUCAAACCAAGGGGACAUUACCGUAAAAGGGGUUGAUAAAGAGCGCCAGCUGGAGACAGGAGAGAUUAUUAUUAUCGUUGCAGUACUCCUUAUGUGGGCAGGUAAGACUCCAGUCAUAUUGGUGCCUCCUUAGUAUCUACUCUAUAAAACUAAAGUAGAACAGUAUUAUUGAAGACAUAAUGCCAAAGAAAAGCAUCCACCACAAUUAUCAGAAUUAUUGUUCAAAAUCGGUGCACAGGCAAUUUGUUUUCCAAUCCAAUGUCUAAACUUAUUAGUUUAUGGCACUAGGUGGGUUCUCACGGGGGUCUGGAAUGGAUUCAAAUGGUUUCAGAGGAUAAACUCCACAAAAAGUUGUGCAGGGCCGUAUACCAAGUCUUGUGUGUUUGACAAGUAGCGCCCUCUACCUGCAGGCCGACACCCAAGGGCUAAACCAAUAGCUUAAAGUCGGUGACAAAUGUUUAAGGAUCCUAGCGCCUCAUUAAAGCUCUCUAUUCAGUAU